CGCCCCCCAAAGCAGUGCCAGGGUCUGGCUGACUGGCUCCCACCAUGGCAUCGACCUCUCCGCACCGCUCCUCCGGCGGGGAUCCACCUUCCUCGUCCACGCCCCUCAUCUCCUCGCCGACCUCCCCGGCAUCCGGCUCCCCCGGCGGCCCGCUAGGGCGGCUCACGAGCCUCCGCGGCGCAGCGCGGUUCAUCCGGCGCACGGGGAGCCGGAGUUUGAUGAGGGAGCCCUCCGUGGCGGUGCGGGAGACGGCCGCCGAGCACCUAGAGGAGCGUCAGACCGACUGGGCCUACUCUAAGCCUGUCGUCGUGGUCGACAUGCUCUGGAACGUCGCCUUCGUCGCAAUCGCCGCGGCCGUCCUCGCCGCGUCGCUGGGCGAGAGUCCCGCUGUGCCUCUCCGCGUCUGGAUCGCGGGCUACGUGCUCCAGUGCCUCCUCCACAUCCUCUGCGUCACAGUCGAAUACAGGCGUCGACGCAGGACCCAGGAGGGAGCGGGUGUUGAGGACUUCAAGUUCAGUAUUGUGAAGCACUUGGAGUCUGCAAACACGAUGUUUUCCUUUAUUUGGUGGAUCCUUGGGUUCUAUUGGGUGUCUGCAGGUGGUCAAGCUUUAUCACAUGAUGCUCCUCAGCUUUAUUGGCUGACAAUUGUUUUUCUGGCAUUUGAUGUUUUCUUUGUGGUCUUCUGUAUUGCUUUGGCUUGUGUGAUUGGAAUCGCUGUUUGUUGCUGCCUUCCGUGCAUUAUUGGUAUCUUGUAUGCUGUAACUGAUCAGGAGGAGGGAGCAUCUGAAGAUGACGUAAACAACCUUUCCAAAUUCAAAUUUCGGACAAUGAGUGAUGCAGACAAGCUAGCUGCCGGCAUUGCAGCACCUGUGGGUGGAGUGAUGACAGAGUGCGGUACCAAUCCUCCUGUCGAACAUAUUCUUUCGGCUGAGGAUGCAGAGUGCUGUAUCUGCCUAUGCCCGUACGAAGAUGGCGUGGAACUGCGUGAGCUCCCUUGCAACCACCAUUUUCACUGCAGCUGUAUAGACAAGUGGCUUCACAUAAAUGCUACAUGCCCAUUGUGCAAGUUCAACAUCGUCAAGAGCAAUCUCCACAGAGAAGAGGUCUAGGUCAAUAAGGAAAAAAAUAAUAAUCAUGGCAGCACAUUUCGGCAUGUCCCAUCCCAGCUGUGCUCGUCAGUAUUGCCACAUUUGCCAACUGGAGUUGUGAUUACCUGUCUUGUAGUCAAGUCAUAAAAGUCACUGGUGAUGCGCAGGUGGUUGCAAUGUCGGUUCUCGUGAAUAUUCCUUGUAACAGUUUGCUGCAGGGGCUGUACAUUCUCGUUCUGCUCGAUCUGAUUGCAUUGCGAUUUAUUUGUACAUGAACACGUGACCAUGUUGGAUCAUGAAAGCAGUCAGUCAUUUGUAAAAUGAUUCAUGAAUCGGAGGCUAGUAUGCAGGCUGCUAUUAGCCAAAUCCUCUC